AUGAACGUGGGCAAAAAGGGUCUUAUGGGCAUGGAAAUUUCUGAUAGCAAAGCCAUGGACUCCGGUAACUUGGACCCAGAGUUAAAAAUGGUUGAACAAGUGAUGCAUUCUAUCCCCCUGAUGGGCCUGGUUAAUGAUAGUGAUAACUCCCUUACUGGUGGUGUGCCCAAAGAGACCGAAGAGACUAUGGAUGACAUGGCUACUGAGAACCCCCAAGGAGGACAAGAAAAUGGGUUGCAGAGUGGUGCAAAAGCCUGGAAUGCCGCAUGGGGGAAUUUACGUAUCGAAGCCACCAAAGUAUUCAUGCAAGCAAAUUGUUUAAUGGAACUUGAAACUCUGCCUCGUCGUCUGAAACAUCUUAACAGCCGGCACGAUUUAUUACAUUCCGAAUUUCUCCGGAUUGAAGUUCGUGAGGAUCGACUCCCUGAUGAUAUUCGGUGGUUACGUGGGGUCUUCAAUACUCUCUAUUCUAUUCUGAGAAAUAUCGUCAAGGUAAUGGAGAAUGAAAGGAAGGAGAAAGAAUUGUUAGAGGGACUCCCCAUUGUAACAGUUUCAGAUUUUCAUGUGGAUGAUGGGCUUUUCUGUGGAGUUUGUAGGGAUGAUUUUAUUUGGGGAGAAGAGGUUCGAGAAAUUCCUUGUAUGAUCGGACAUAUAUUUCAUUCUCACUGUAUUUGGCCAUGGCUUGAGGAUCACAAUACUUGUCCCAUUCUUUAUGGAAAAUGA